UGUGUUCAAAUCCCCUCCAAACUGGUCAAGUGAGUCUCCCUUGAUGCCUCUGCGACCUCCGACGGGUUAAGACACUCUCCUUGGCUAUGGCCAGCCUGGCCAGAGCUCCCCUCGGCGGGUUCGGGACCGCCACCACCGCCGCCGCUGCCUCCCCGGAAGUGGCGAGCUGGACGUCCUGGCCGAGAAACGGCUCGCCGGAGCUCAACCAGAGCCUGGCGGAGGGCGGCGGCGCCGGCAUGGCGGUGGCCAUGAGUGCCGGUGUGAACAACUUGACACGGGAGGGGGUCACCAGCUCGGCCAUGAAGGAGAAGAACUGGCCGGCGCUGCUCAUCCUGGUCAUCAUUGCGCUGACUAUCGGCGGCAAUAUCCUGGUCAUCCUUGCCGUGUCCCUGGAGAAGAAGCUCCAAAAUGCCACCAAUUUCUUCCUGAGGUCGUUGGCGGUGGCCGACAUGCUGGUGGGCAUCCUGGUCAUGCCCAUCUCCCUCAUCAACAUCCUCUACGAUUACGCCUGGCCCCUUCCCAGCACCUUGUGCCCCAUCUGGAUCUAUCUGGACGUGCUGUUCUCCACCGCCUCCAUCAUGCACCUGUGCGCCAUUUCGCUGGACCGCUACGUAGCCAUCCGCAACCCCAUCGAACACAGCCGCUUCAACUCCAGGACCAAAGCCAUGAUGAAGAUUGCCGCCGUCUGGACCAUAUCCAUCGGUGUCUCCAUGCCCAUCCCCGUGAUCGGCCUCCACAACGAGGACAAGGUCUUUGUCAACGGCAGCUGCGUGCUCAACGAGAAGCGCUUCAUUCUGAUUGGCUCCUUUGUGGCCUUCUUCAUCCCGCUGGUCAUCAUGGUGGUGACGUACGGCCUCACCAUCCAAGUGCUGCAGAGGCAGGCCACGGUCUUCCUGUGCAAUUCCAAGACAUCCCCCCAGCAGCCUUUGCAGCCACCUGCCUCGGAGAUCCAUGCGAAUGCCCCCCCGAACCUGCCAGACCCGCCAGAGCUCAAGCCGCCGUCCGACGCCGGCAUCCUCCUCAGCGUCUCCGCGUCGGAGAGCGUCAGCAUCCUUCCCGGUUCAGAGGCCACGUCGCAGCUCAGCUCGCCGGCCGCCGGGCCCGGACGGAGCGACGCCGUCGGUUACCACGGGCGACGGGGAAUGAUGCAGGCCAUCAAGAACGAGAGGCGGGCCUCCAAGGUGUUGGGAAUUGUCUUCUUCCUCUUCCUUGUCAUGUGGUGUCCCUUUUUCAUCACCAACGUCACUUUGGUGCUGUGCGGCGCCUCCUGUGGAGAGUCUCUGCUUCACGAGCUCCUCAACGUCUUCGUGUGGGUGGGCUACAUCUCGUCCGGGGUCAACCCGCUAGUCUACACGCUCUUCAACAAGACCUACAGGAGAGCCUUCUCCAGCUAUAUCCGCUGUCGCUACAACGUGGUCGCCAAUCCCAACGUGGUUGGGGCCGCACAGGUCUUGAAGAACCCGCUGGUGGCCCCGCCUCCGUCCUCGCACGCCGUCACGCCGCUCCUGUCGGACGGCCACAGGAAGACUUGCCCCCAACGGGGCCGUGACAGUAACUGUCGAAACGGCGGUCAGCCAACGCCAGACCCCGAGGGCGUCACUGACGAAGGGACGCGAACGGGGAGAGGCGCGGCGCCCAGCCUCUCGGUAUGCCACGACGUCGGCGGGGCCUUUUCCGAAACCGAUACUGAGGAACAGGAGCUGUCGCUCAUCAGCUACUGCCCUGCCUCCGCGUUUCACACCAGCAGCGUGUGACAUUUAUGGACACAGACUUGUGGCUCGGCCUGAAACGUGUAGGAGGUUCUCAUCCCGGUCUUGGGAGCCAGCGGAACCCCCGAAAUCGAAUGUAAAAAGACAACCGCUGGUCUGACAGCGCCAUCCAGCGGCCAUGUUGGCCCUGGAAAAAGUCUGUGUUUGUGUGGUGCGUGUGUUUUAAGAGAAAGAACAGAAAACUAAAGUUCCAAAUUAUUAGGUUGUUUAGACACUCACACAUGCAUGCACACGCGCGUGUCUGUUAUACACACACACACACAUGCCAGCGGUAGGGAAAUCCGAGAGCCAUGUCAUGCCUGUUUUAGAUCUCGCCCUACUCCAACACAACUGAUUCAAUUGUUCAUGAUCGUUUCAGGCUUCUACAGUGCGUGCUGAUGAAUUGGUCAUUUAAAUCAGAGGUGUUGAAGUCGAAUGAUAUCUAAAAAUAAUAUAUUAAACACCACUCACAAAAUGUUAGGGGUAUUUGGCUUUCAGGUGAGAUUGAUGAAAAGGGUAAAAAGGUCACGCUACAUUGAUAUUAUAUCAUGGCAAGGCAUCCCGUUCUUCUUGAAGGGGUCGGAUGCAGAGUUUCGAGGCUCUACAUGGCCACUCAGCUGAAAGUGAAGGCCGUUCCAUUUGAGGUACACCGGGGCCUCAAUCAUUGUUUGGCAAUGUUGUGACUUUCCGUGACUCUUCCAGUCUCUCGAUAACUCUUUUGCAACUUGCUGAUGACACACUGUGACACUCUCAGCUCAGUGGCCACUUUCGUUUGAGAACGUUCUGUUUGAAGCAUCACAAUGGCACAAGGUACAGGUGAUCCAUUGUCAGGUGUCGUCUUGGUUUCAUGAUGUCAAAAUGUCUUUAAACACACAGCUCGAAUUAAACCAGGACAUUGAUUGGUCGAUUCAAGGAUCAAACGCCUGUUGUGAAUUUUGUCGUUAAGCUCCUAGUUAGAUAACAGCAACUUGUGAAAAAAAAAGUACUGAAAUAUUUAACAGUUGGACUUGUGCAUUCAAAAGCUAAGAGGAGGUCACAUUAAGUUCGCCUGCAAAGGUUUGAAUACAUUUCAGGCUCGUCCUGAAAUUUCACCUGAAAGCCAAAUAUCCCUCCCUGACUUUAACUGAGUUGUGAGAGAGAGAUGACACAUACAGACAAAGUAGGUCUUGCUCGGAUGUGAUCCAGUCGCGUUUGCAAAGUUAAAAUUGGAAGCCCACAGGUCAAAGGUUAUAUCAUAUUAGCACAGGCGUUUUGAAUGCAAUUAAGAAUGAACCUAGAAAUUUUCUUCUUGGCCGACCUCGUUCAUUUUCCGACAAUGCGCUUUUUUUUACAUGAGGUUAUGAGGUGUGAGCAUAUCAAGUGUGGAUGUUUGGACCACGAUGGCCUCUGGCCUGGCCGGUCUCAUCUUAUCCCGUCCGGUCGAAGACGCACGGGCGACGGAGCUCACGGUAAGGUCCUCGACCAUUGUCUCGACGUACAGGGAGAGGUUUACUGGCAGAGUUGGGCGAGUAUAAGAUAAGAUAAUAUAUUUUAUUUGUCCCACACUGGGGAAAUUUACAGCCUCCAGCAGCAAGAAUGUGGGUAGAAAGAAGAAGAAGAAAAAAAAAACC